GUCAUUGCAAAAUAGCAAAUGCGUUUGUUUAUUUUUAUUUCUGUCGAAGUAAAUCACACGCGUUUUGUUUGAAAUCUAGUUUCUAAAUAAAGUUAAUUAAUUUAUCUCUUCGUCGACUAAAAGAGCAAAAACACCACAAAAAGAUGGCUUUAAAACAAACCCGAGCUCGACUGUCCAAAGGAAUUCUCGAAAUGAAAUUCAUGCAAAGGACCAAAGCAAAAGUCGACAAAGAAAUCGAAGAAGCCGAAGGUCGAGCCAUGUACUCGAGCGAGAUUACAGACAGAAUGAAUCAAAAUUCAAAUUUCAUCAUCGAACCAAGUUUCAUGCAUUGUGAGGGUCUUAUUGAAGGACGGCUCAGUUAUCGUGGCAUGAAUCCAGAAAUUGAACGACUACUCGAAUUGGAGCAGGAAGAAAAAGACAAAAAGACAAGACCCCAACAGCCAAAUGAUGUUUCGGACAAGGAAAUGAAGGCAUUCUAUGAUAGUAAUUUGGUCAAGACCAUGCAAAAGAAGUUCGAUAAGAAACGAAAGAGUAAUGACAACAGCAAAGGCGGCAAUAAAAUGAUGAAAUUCCAAAAACCAAGUGAAGAUUUUUGAAACUGAUGCAAAAUGAAAAAAUACAAAAAUUGAUUUUGAAUACCUACUAUUUUUAUGAUUAAAAAGCGAAUCUAAAUUAUUUGGGUUUUAUUUUU